AUGAACACUCAACAGAUGGAACAGAUGGGCCAGUUCAAGAUCACAGUGUGGGAGGAGGAGAACUUCCAGGGAAAGCGCUGUGAGUUCAUGCUGGAGUGCCAGAACAUCAUGGAGAGGGGCUUCACCAAGAUCCGCUCCAUCAAGGUUGAGAACGGACCCUGGGUGGGUUAUGAGUACCCAGAGUUCCAGGGACAGCAGUUUAUUCUGGAGAAGGGAGACUAUCCUCGCUUUGAGGCCUGGAGUGGAAACAGUGGCUACAGAACCGAGCACUUGCUCUCUUUCAGACCCAUCAAAUGUGCUAACCACAGUGACAGUAAGGUGACUCUGUACGAGUGCGAGGACUUCCAGGGUCGUAAGUUUGAGUUGUGUGACGACUACCCCUCCCUACAGGCCAUGGGCUGGUGCAGCAAGGAGGUGCCUUCUAUCAAAGUCAACUCAGGAGCCUGGGUUGCCUACCAGUUCCCUGGUUACCGUGGUUACCAGUACAUCCUGGAGAGGGACAGACACCAAGGCGAGUACAGAAACUACAAUGAGUUGGGCACCCAGGCUCACACCAACCAGGUGCAGUCCAUUCGUAGGAUCCAGCACUAA